AGUUCCACGAGCAGGCGAAGAAGCUCCUGCGCUACAGGCCCAGUGCCCAGCCUCUCUCCCUUCCGAUCCCCACAGGCCUCAGCUCAGCUCCCCUCUCUCCUCGAGAUCCCCUAGGCCAGGAGCCAACAAACGCAAGCCUCCGCGCCUCCGCAGUCGCCGUUCUGCUAUUUCGGCCGCCGCCCGGUGAGAUGGCGAAGGCGUUUUACGCGGUGGGGUUCUGGAUCCGGGAGACAGGCCAGGCCCUCGACCGCCUCGGCUCCCGCCUCCAGGGCAACUACUUCUUCCACGAGCAGAUUUCAAGGCAUCGCACACUCAUGAACAUUUUUGACAAAGCCCCUUAUGUUCACAGAGAGGCAUUUGUUGCUCCAAGUGCAUCCCUUAUUGGCGAUGUUCAAGUUGGACAAGGAUCUUCCAUUUGGUAUGGGUGUGUCUUAAGAGGUGAUGCAAAUAACGUUCAAAUUGGAUCUGGGACCAAUAUACAGGACAAUUCUGUUGUGCAUGUUGCAAAAUCUAAUCUAAGUGGGAAAGUUUUUCCAACCAUCAUCGGGGACAAUGUCACAGUAGGUCAUAGUGCUGUAUUACAAGGAUGCACUGUUGAGGAUGAAGCUUUUGUUGGUAUGGGGGCUACCCUGUUAGAUGGUGUUGUCGUGGAAAAGCAUGGGAUGGUUGCUGCUGGAGCCCUUGUAAGGCAGAACACAAGGAUCCCUUGCGGAGAGGUAUGGGGUGGAAACCCUGCCAAAUUUCUGAGGAAGCUCACUGAUGAGGAGAUUGCUUUUAUCGCCGAAUCGGCUGCCAACUAUUCCAACUUAGCCAAGGCACAUGCUGUCGAGAACGCUAAGCCUUUGGAAAAGAUUGAGUUUGAGAAGGUGUUGCGCAAGAGAUUUGCUCGCCAAGAUGAAGAAUACGAUUCCAUGCUUGGUGUCACUCGAGAGGCCCAUCCGGAGCUGACACCCCCCAGCCCUGCCCAAUAAGCCUUUCGCUUACAUGUUUUUUGUUUUUUUGCCGCCUUCACCAUCUUCGAUUGGUCAGUGCAGGAUCGUUGAAAGGUGACACCGGUCGAUGAGUUUGGCAGUUUAUGUUUACUUCCUUCCUCAAUAAUUUUUGGGUCGAGCAACGCUCUAAAGCUCGCCAUGUACUUCUUCAGUUUCUGAAUUCCAUAUGUUUGAGAUGCGCUCUAUGGAACAAACAGAAUCAGCUGACACAAAUUUAUGAAUAGCAUGAGUUGGAGUUCAUGUGGUUUAGCCUUGUUGAAAUAGGUAGAUGCAUUGGAAGCAGCACAUGAACCGUCAGGCUUGUGGUUCAGCACUUGCCGGAUUCAUCUUUGAUAUCAAACAUAAAUAAAACAGAGUAUACGUUUUAA